AUGGAUUUUAAUAUGUUGUUAAAAUAUAUUUACAAUGAACAAAAUAUUAUUUCAAAAAUUAAAUCAUAUGAUGAAUCUAAAGAUAUUGAAGUACAAUGGCCAAAUUGUAAUUUAACUUCAAUAAAAACUCAACUAUUUUUACCAUAUAAAGAUAUAUCGUUAGAAAAUAUCGAUCGUCUACUACAAUGGACAGUUGGAAAAAUUUUAAUUUUUUAUUAUAAUCACAAAAAUAUAAAUAAUGAAAUUAAAGUAAUAGAAAAAAUUGUUCAUGUAUUUAUAAUGACAUUAAAAAUAUGUCUUUUAAAAUAUGAAGAUAGUAAUGAAGUAUUAUGUGAAAAAAAUGUACAUUUAAUUAAAUUAAUAUCAUUAUUUCAUUAUUCACGUUUAUAUGUUGAUAAUGAACGAAUAGAAGAUAUCAUAAAGGAAACUGGUUUAAAAUCAUUUAUCCAUUUACAUCAUCUUAUUUUUAAAGACAUGACUGAAUUUAAAGAUAACUUUAUUCCUAUACUUGGUUUAGCUGGAUUAAAUUAUGUCAUUUAUCAAGAUAAACAAACAUUAACUGAACAUACUUGGUCAAAAAUAAGAAUGAAUACAAGAUUACUUGUAAAUUUGAUACAUGAAUUUUUUUAUUUAUUUCUAGGAUCUUAUUCUAAUGAUUUUUCAUUUGGUACACCUCAUCGACUACAAAGUUUAGAAGGUGGAUAUUUGUUAGAAAAACAAAUUUUUGGUAUGAUGAUAGUUGUUGUCAAUUGA